AUGAGAAACGUUAUACUUUCAGCACUUUUGUCGUCGGUCGUGGCUUUGGUGACAGGAUAUGUGGAGGAACUCGAUGAGAAGUUUAAUGAAUAUCGACAGAAUGAAUUUUGGCUGGUGGAGUUUUAUGCGCCAUGGUGUGCAUACUGUCACAAAUUUGAGCCAAUAUGGUAUGAAGUCGGUGCCGAGCUGAAGAGUCUGGGCUCUCCUGUUAAUGUUGGCAAGAUUGAUACCACAGUGUACACAAGUAUUGCUUCAGAGUUUAAUAUCCGUGGAUAUCCAACAAUAAAAUUCUUUAAAGGAGAGCUGUCUUUUGACUACAAAGGUCCACGAACAAAGGAUGCUAUUAUUGAAUUCACCAAUAGAGUUGCAGGACCUGUGGUGAGACAUCUCUCUAGUGCACAGUUAUUUCAGCAUGUUAUGAGUGUCCAUGAUCUCUUCUUUGUUUACAUUGGUGGAAAUUCGCUUCUCAAGGCAAAAUACCACAAAGCCGCAACCGAGUAUGUUAUCUACACAAAUUUUUUCUCUGCCUCUGUAGAUGUUCUUCCAAAAGCAGUGUCUUUGGAGGAAGUUCCUGUCGUCGCUGUGUUUAAAGAUGGGACCUACCACUUGUACAAUGAAUUUCUUGAUGGGAAUUUGUCGUCCUGGAUGAAUCGAGAACGCUUUCCUUCUUAUUUCCAAAUUGAUAACUUCAGUCUCUACCAGAUGGGAGAACUAAGUAAACUUGUUGCAUUGGCAGUAGUAAAUGAGACAAAGCCAUCGGAAGAAAGCAUUCGUUACAAAACUCUGUUGGAAAGGUUAUCUACAGAAUACAGAGAUCAUUACAAAAAUGAUUACCAGUUUGGUUAUAUAAAUGACAAUGAAUACAUCAAUGGAUUAAUUAUGGGAGAAGUCAAGAUCCCAUCCAUCAUUGUGCUGAACAUGUCUAUUGAUGGAUACUUCCUACCAGAAAGUAAGAUUGAAACCAUUGAGGAUUUGCUUUAUUUCCUCAAUAGUAUAUCGGAGGGCAAAGCAAAGUUAUUCGGAGGUAAUGGACUACUGCAGCAAACUAAAAGACAUUUCUAUAAAGCAAAGUUUAUUGUGGUGACAAUGUUCCAGACAGCUCCGGUCUUUUCCUGUUUUGUGUGUGGACUGCCGCUGGGUAUAGUUGUAAUGGUUAUCUGGGGUACGUGUACCGCUGUACCAGCAGAUGAUGAGAGACCUGAAGAGGCUCCGGCAGCCACAAGCAGUUCUGCUUCUGAUAGGAACAAGGCAGAAGUAUUACAACUUGAGAGCAGAGAAAAGACUUCAGAGGCAAAGAAAGAGGAUUAACGUGGACUAAUAAUAUAUGAUCAUAUUAUGUCUUUAAAAUGUUCUCACCUUAUAAAUAUUCGAACAUGCC